GAGCUUAGUGGCGAGGCAGCAGUGCCGCUGACACGAGUGAAGGGACCCCGUGGCUAUUUCCACCACCUCGCUCUUCUCACAGCUUAACCUGCGCCUUUUGAGACGGACUUCGACAUCGGGACUAGAGGCGAUACACUCACCCACCUUUUGGUUUUUGAACUCGUUUGAUUAAUCAGCAGACCCUGAGGUGGAGGGGGGUGCUUAUUUCCCCCACCGUGGACCGAGGAGUUGUUUGUGUUUAUGUGUUUUACGCGUUGCUUGUAAUGGGGAAAAGUGGACAGAGAAGUGGAAUAGGACGCAGGGGUUGCAGCUUGGUGAGGAUGUGCGCCACGCCGGGGAUCCUGCUUCUCCUGGUGCUCGUACACCGAGGAGUCGCCCAAGUGAGAGAUGAUGAUGAUUUCCUGAGUCUGAGCGAACUCCCGGAAACUUUCCCCUCCGACCCCCCGGAGCCCUUACCUCACUUCCUGUUCGAACCAGAGGAAGGCUACAUCGUCAAGAAUAAACCUGUCAAUCUCUACUGCAAAGCAACGCCCGCCACACAGAUUUACUUCAAGUGUAACAGCGAGUGGGUCCAUCAGAAAGACCACACCGUGGAGGAGAGGGUGGACGAAAACUCAGGUCUGGUCGUAAGAGAAGCCAGUAUAGAAAUUACACGGCAGCAGGUGGAGGAGCUGUUUGGUCCUGAAGAUUACUGGUGUCAGUGCGUGGCCUGGAGCUCCGCUGGAACCACCAAAAGCCGCAAGGCACACGUCCGCAUUGCAUACCUGAAGAAGUCUUUCGAACAGGAACCCCUGGGAAAGGAAGUGUCUUUGGAGCAGGAGGUGCUGCUACAGUGCCGCCCUCCGGAGGGCAUACCAGCUGCUGAGGUGGAGUGGUUGAAGAAUGAAGAGAUAAUUGACCCAGCAGAGGACAGAAACUUCUAUAUCACCAUCGACCACAACCUGAUCAUCAAACAGGCGCGCCUGUCCGACACAGCCAACUACACAUGUGUGGCUAAGAACAUAGUGGCUAAAAGAAGAAGCACUACGGCCACUGUGAUUGUUUACGUAAAUGGUGGCUGGUCAACAUGGACGGAGUGGUCGGUGUGUAACGUCCGCUGUGGACGAGGCUUCCAGAAGCGAACCCGUAGCUGCACUAACCCCGCCCCUCUCAAUGGAGGACUGCCUUGUGAUGGACAAGCCAUUCAGAAACUGCCCUGUACCACACUGUGCACUGUGGACGGUGUGUGGACAGAUUGGAGUAAGUGGUCGGCCUGUGGGACAGAGUGUACGCAGUGGAGGAGGAGGGAGUGCAACAACCCAGCACCUAAAAAUGGAGGAAAAGACUGUGAUGGUCUGGUUCUCCAGUCUCAGAACUGUACUGAUGGACUCUGUAUGCAAAGUUCAUUGUUUCAGAUGUCCACUGAGUCCAAAGAAAAGAGUGAUUUGGGAAUCCCAUCUGCUCCUAGUACAGAUGAUGUGGCACUCUACGUGGGCAUUGUUAUCGCUGUGAUUAUGUGCCUGGUCAUCUCUGUCAUCGUGGCUCUCUUUGUCUACCGCAAGACACACCGUGACUUUGACUCAGACAUCAUCGACACCUCGGCACUAAAUGGAGGCUUCCAGUCUGUUAAUAUCAAAACAGCCAGAUCAGCUGAUCUACUGACAGCUCCUCCUGACUUGACAAAUGCAGCUGCCAUGUAUCGUGGUCCGGUGUAUGCUCUCCACGAUGUUUCCGAUAAAAUCCCAAUGACCAACUCUCCUCUCCUGGACCCUCUUCCCAACUUGAAGAUCAAAGUCUACAACUCUUCUGGUCUAGUCACACCACAGGACGACCUCGGAGGAGACUUCACAUCCAAGCUGUCUCCUAAGGUAACUCAGUCUCUGUUGGAUAACAGUGACACCAUGAACCUUCGCAAUCAGAGCUUGGCCCGAACACGAGAUCCUUCCUGUACUGCUCACGGAUCCUUCAACAACCAGGGAGGACACCUCAUCGUACCCAACUCUGGUGUGAGUUUGUUGGUUCCAGCGGGUGCUGUUCCUCAGGGCAGGGUGUACGAGAUGUAUGUGACUGUGCACAGGAAGGACAGCUUGAGACCCCCGGUGGAGGACAUCCAGACAGUGCUGAGCCCAGUGGUGAGUUGUGGACCUCCAGGAGCCCUGCUGACCAGACCAGUGAUCCUCACCAUCCACCACUGUGCUGACAAUGUCCAGGAAGACUGGCUCAUACAGCUGAAGAACCAACUGGCCAUGGGAGAGUGGGAGGAUGUCGUUGUAGUGGGAGAGGAAAACUUCACCACCCCCUGCUAUGUGCAGAUGGACUCGGAGGCAUGUCACAUCCUAACAGAGACACUGGGGACUUACUGCCUGGUGGGCCAGUCAGUCUGCAAGGCAGCCGCCAAGAGACUCAAACUGGCUGUUUUCGGACCCGUCUCCUGCACAACUCUGGACUAUCACAUCAGGGUCUAUUGUCUGGACGACACACAGGAUGCACUUAAGGAGGUUCUUCAGAUGGAGACCCAGAUGGGAGGGAAGCUUCUGGAUGAGCCAAAGACCCUGAACUUUAAAGACAGCACACACAAUCUGAGACUGUCAAUCCAUGACGUGCCGCACACACACUGGAAGAGCAAACUCAUCGCAAAGUAUCAGGAGAUCCCAUUCUACCAGGUGUGGAGUGGCAGUCAGAGAACUCUUCACUGUACCUUCACCCUGGAGAGACUGAGCCCAGCCACCACAGAUUUGAACUGCAAACUGUGUGUACGGCAGGUGGAGGGUGAAGGACAGAUCUUUCAGCUCAGUAACACACUGGAGGAGGAGGUCCAGUGCAUAGACACGUCCCUGAUGGACCCUGCCAGUAAUAUCACAACCUUAGUGGGACCCAAUGCCUUUCGCAUUCCUUUAUCCAUCAGACAGAAGCUGUGUGGCAGUCUAGAUGCACCACAGACCAGAGGCAAUGACUGGAGGAUGCUGGCUCACAAACUCAACCUUGACAGGUACCUGAACUACUUUGCCACUAAGUCCAGUCCGACAGGUGUGAUCCUGGACCUGUGGGAGGCCCAGCACUUUCCUGACGGAGACCUAAAUGAACUAGCCGCUGUGCUGGAAGAGAUGGGUCGUCAUGAUGGUAACUUUGCCUCCAUGACCACAGAACACUGAUGGAGCCACAUGGUUAACAGACAAUGACAGAACUCUGGAGACGAUUACACGUACAUUCUCUACGGUCAAUGCUGCAGCGAGGGCAAUGAACGAAUUAGAUGUGAGCGAAGCACUGGUUAAACACCAUGCCAAUCAUGCCGGCAUGGUGACAGCCGAGAAAUGCUCGAGCUGGUGCUGGAAACUGUUUGUGUAUCUUUGUGCGUUUAUUUGAGCAACGUUGCAGUGUUGUGUGUGUGACCGAAGGAGACAUGGCCCAACCGACAACACAAACUAUCUAUCAGGAACAAACAGAACAUACACACGCCUAAAAAAAAAAAAAGACUUUGUCUGGUGUAACACUAGUUGUUCUCUUGCUGUUACUUUCUAUUGAACAAAGAGAAACAGAGAAAAGAAACAAUAGAGGUUCUGACCUUGAAAACCUCUAUAGGAAUGAAAUAGAAUCAUAAAGGGAGAGAAACUGAACUGAUUACAGAAGAGUGGGAGAAGGUAGAGUGACUAAAAGGAGGGGCUGAGUCAGAGACAAGACUCUUUAGUAAGACGUGAGUAAACACAGGGAGAGGCUAAACUGAUUAUAACAGGGAGGAAGGAGGUGAACAUAAAAUGAUGGAAGAAGCUGUAGGUGAUCCUCAGUAUGAACAGGAUGGAGAACAGAUAAUGAGAGGGGAGAUAAAGAGGUGAUCCCUCACUUUUCUUCUUGCAAGCCUUGGCUGUACGUGUUUUUGGCAGUACAGUUUGUUGUCUUUAUAUCGUUUCUUAGGGAACGCUCUAUGUAUUCUGCUGUCCAUAUGUGUGGAUCGUUUCCGGCUAACAGAUUUGCUACACAGUGACUGUCAAUCAAAGGGUCCUGACCAGAAACAAGCCAGAGACAACAAGUUUUCCUUUUUAUUUGGCUAACAUCACAAGUGAUGUUUAAAUUUGUGUUUUUUUCCUCCAAAAUGUGUGAAGAUAUUAAAUCAUUCAGGGACCUGUUCCAUAAAACAAUUUUACCAAAUAAAGCAGGGUUAUUUCAGUUAGUCUGACUCAUCUUCAUUUCAUUCAGCAAAUUCAACAUAGUUCCUGGCAAGUUGUCCUAAAAACUGAGCUUGAGUUUUGCUUUUUGGAGAGGGACAAUGUACAUAAAUCAACAUUUGAACAAAUGUAAAAUGUAUUUGUAUGUUAGCUUAAAGGCUAGUUUUCUGCAUUCUCUUUCAGAAUCAGAAACAGAAAUACUUUAUUGAUCCCCAGAGCGGAAUUGCUUUUAUUACAGUUGUUGCUGUAGAGGAAAUAAAAAACAAGUAAGUAUGUAAAUAAAAUAAAGAUGUCAGAUCAUGUCAUCAUGUUGAAUUUUCUUUAUAGAAUUGAAUCAAAUGAAAAUGAGUCAGACUAACAAACAUAACCCUUGUUUAUUUGAACAGGCCCCAAGUCACAGGAUGUCUAAAAGUCAAAGGUAACUGAACUUGCCGUCCAUUUGCCUUUAACUUGUGCCUUUGAAAUCCAAAGAUGAUUCCACUCCUGAUGGAUGCAAGUAAAAUCUCAAUUUUCUGUUUUUAGCCAUAUGGUUGUGAUAGACUUGUGUGACUUUCUGUUUUGAGGUAUAUUUAAGAUUGCACUUAUGAUAAACAGAUAAACAGGGCAAAGAUGCAGACUGUCACCUAUUCAUUCUCAUUCUCAGUAUCCUUUUGAUUGUUUUAAUGGAGUCAGUUACUCAUUUUAAAAUUGUAUAUAUAUAUUUGUUCAAGAAAAUAAAAUUAAAAAAACAGCCAAAAAAAAAAAAAGUGCAUCUGUUAGAUAAAAUCAAGCUUAUCUUGUGCAGUGCUGCUCCUUUCCUCCCAAAGAGAAGUUGUUUGGACAAAGCUGUAGUGCAGAUGCAGACUAGAUGCAGGGAGGGGAAUUCCAGCCAUGGCUACCACAUUUGGUUAACCACAACCUCAAUAACAGGAGUGUCUCUGAUAGACUGUCGGGGCUUGUUUCUGGACAGGGUCCAACUCAGAGAAAAUGAGGGGAAGGCAAAAAGAGAUGAGCUGAAAGUGAAAACACAGGUGUUUUUAGAUCCAGUAAUAUACAAGCUACCAUAGAUGUGAUAGUGAGUUAAAUACAGCUGAUAUCAUUCAUUACUAAAUGUACACAAUAUACUGAUUUAACAAUCAUAUUUUAAUUUACUAAAAUAUAUAUAUAGCCUACAUAUAUAUAUAUAUAUAUUUCUGUCAUAUUUUCAGUGUCUCGUCAUCACAGGAUGUCAGUUGUGUUGUCUGCCGUCAGGCCACAUGUGAUUUCAGUUGUGAUCACCUCCAUGACUUGAUCAUGGUCACUAGCACCAUCCAGUGGCUUCUGAAGAAUAACAGCAUUUACAGUUUUUGAUCGUCUGAAACGUGUAAAUACAUGAUUAUCAUUUUCAUUCUAAUGACCUUUUAUUAUCAUAAUUGUUUUUUGUUCAGUGGUCAUUAUUGUGUUUUUACAUUAACUUGUUUUUUUGCCAUUUUAAUGUUUUUAUAGGUGUGAACUAUAUGGGGGGUUGAAAUGUGUAACAUAUCAGUUAGUUGCCCUUUAUCUAAAACAAUGUUCUGUCAGCAACUAACAUUCCAACUUAUGGUGCGUUUGUUGAAAACGUUGCAAUUAAGAGCUAAAAGUCAAGAUAGCAACUAAAGGGUAUGUAAAAUGAAGUGUAAUAUAUUUGUGCUUUGGUGAAAAACAUUGUGAAGCAGGGCUGGCUUUCAGAUGUAUGCAUAGACUCGGGUCAACAGUGUCUGAGGAAAAGGUGAAACUCCAGAAAGCCGCCUUUGAGGGAAGAAAAACAGCCUUAUUUUUAGUGGCUUUUGAAUAGCUGUCAGAUGCCCCUGGGGACAUGAAAUCUAUUCACCAUGUAAAGAACAACAUGAACAUUCAUUUCAAAAGGGAAUACAUGUAAAAUACUCACAAACUAGAGUCAAGAUAUUUCUGCUCUGAACUAUGGAGAGACGCCAUAUGAAACUGAACAUCAGGUAUGUAGAGGAGAUACUGAGGAGGAUACUGUAAAGAAAACUAAGUAGGCAAAGUCUGAGUUAACACCAGUACAAAAGGUCAGAUCUUUACCUCUUCAUGACAGAUUUCAUCUUUCAGCUGUCCACACUGGAGAAAACCUUGAGACAUUGAU